AUCGACUACGGAACCAACUACAUCGGCGGCACCGGCGACACCCAAAGCGACGGGGCCUGGCUGGUGCCGCUGUGUCUGCAGCUGGUGCCUGCACUGAUCCUCUUCUUGGGCAUGCUCUUCAUGCCCUUCUCGCCGCGGUGGCUCGUCCACCACGGCCGCGAGGACGAGGCGCGCCGCGUGCUGGCCAAGCUGCGCAGCACGACGCCCGAGGACGAGGCCGUCGAGCUCGAGUUCCUCGAGAUCAAGGCGCAGUCCCUGUUCGAGAAGCGGUCCGUCGCGGCCAACUUCCCGCACCUGGCCGAGCCGACGGUUCUCAACACGGCCAAGCUGCAGUUUGUCGCCAUCGGCUCGCUGUUCAAGACCAUGCCCAUGUUCCGUCGUGUGAUUGUGGCUACGGUCACCAUGUUCUUCCAGCAGUGGACCGGUGUCAACGCCGUGCUGUACUAUGCGCCGUCCAUCUUUGCUGCCCUGGGCAUGUCGAGCAACACGACGAGCUUGCUGGCGACGGGUGUGGUAGGAAUUGUCAUGCUGGUCACCACCAUCCCCAUGAUCCUCUGGGUCGACAAGAUCGGCCGCAAGCCCGUGCUGAUUUCCGGCGCCGUCGCCAUGGGCGCCUGCCACAUCAUCAUCGCCGUCAUCUUCGCCAAGAACCAGUACCAGUGGCCGACGCACCACGCAGCCGGCUGGGCAGCCAUCGUCAUGGUGUGGCUGUUCGCCGGCAACUUCGGGUGGUCGUGGGGACCGUGUGCAUGGAUCAUCGUGGCGGAGGUGUGGCCGCUGUCGGCGCGGCCGUACGGCAUCGCGCUGGGCGCCAGCUCCAACUGGAUGAACAACUUCAUCGUCGGGCAGGUGACGCCGGACAUGAUCACCGGCUUGAAGUACGGCACGUUCAUCUUCUUCGGCCUGUUCACGCUGCUGGGCGCGCUGUUCAUCUUCUUCUUCGUCCCCGAGACCAAGCAGCUGACGCUCGAGGAGAUGGAUGUCAUUUUUGGAAGUGUGGGCGUCGCCGCCGCCGACAAGGAGCGCAUGCAGCAGAUCCACGUGGAGCUGGGGCUGACGAGCGGCGAGGGCCAGAAUGGCCACGAGAAGGGCGAUGCAGUGGAGGCGGAGCCUGUCAAGGCAGCCUAA